CCGACUGGGAUAAUUUUUGGAAUUCCCUCUCUUAUAACUGUUCCUACAGAAACUGAAGCUGUAUAUGGUAAAAAGGUUGAAUUGAAAAAGACGAAGUAAUCUACCUUAGCGAAUUUGGACCACGUAUGUCUAUUUUUUGAAAACCACCAACUAUAAGGAUUCUUGUAAAACGUUAUUAUUUUGGAUACAUUCAUUAUGUCGUUACCGCAUUAUGUCGUUGAUAUGCGUUCUGAUACAGUGAGUUCACCUACAAUUGAAAUGCGCGAGGCUAUGUGCACAGCUGCUGUAGGUGAUGAUGUUUAUGGCGAAGAUCCGACUGUUUUAAAACUAGAACAGAAAUCAAUUGAUUUAUUCAAAAAGCAAGCGGCCCUUUUUGUACCUAGUGGAACUAUGGCAAAUUUGUUAGCCAUAAUGGUUCAUUGUCAUCGUCGUGGCUCAGAGGCAAUUGUUGGUGACUUGUCACAUACGUUUCUCUAUGAACAAGCUGGUGCAGCGCAAAUUGCCGGAGUUCAAUUAACAACAAUACAAAAUAGAACGGAUGGUACAUUCUGUCUCGAUGAGUUGCAACGUAAAAUGCAUCUUUACGACGAUUGUCAUGAGCCCUUGACAUCACUGGUUAUAGUAGAGAAUACCCAUAAUAUGUGCGGUGGUAAAGUUAUACCCUUGCGAUGGCUAGAUGAAUUGAUUAGCAUUUGUAAGAAUAAAGAGAUGACAAAUGGUAAAACUAUUGCCCUGCAUAUGGACGGUGCACGGGUUUUUAAUGCCGCUCAAUAUCUAAACGAAUCGGUCGCACGUAUAGCACGAGAUUUUGAUUCAGUAUGCUUUUGCCUAUCGAAGGGUUUAUCGGCACCGGUAGGCUCAGUGCUAUUGGGUUCAAAAACAUUCAUUGCCGAAGCUCGUCGCCUUCGCAAGGUAUUGGGUGGUGGUAUGCGUCAAUGUGGAAUUUUAGCGGCUGCUGGGCUGGUGGCACUCGAAAAAAUUGUGCCACUCUUACCUGAAGAUCACCGCAGAACGAGGCGUAUUGCACAAGCCAUAAAUAACUUACGUAGCAGUAACUUUAAUGUCGAUUUGGAUAAUGUUCAUACCAACAUAUUACUUAUUCAUAUGAUAAAUCCUAAAAUAAGUGCUAGCAGUUUCGCGAAACGUUUAGCGGAGGUGACGCAAAAAGAAUUGAAUGAAAAUAUAACCAUUACCGAUGAAACAGGUCAAGAAAUGAGAGGCAUUCAAUUGAAAGUUAGCUCACGAGAUUGGACUUAUGCAAGAAUUGUUCUCUACAAUCAAAUUAGUGAUAAGGAUAUAGAAUAUGCAAUAAAAAAGAUUGAAUAUGUUAUUCAGGAAUAUGAUCAUAAUUUAGUUUUAGGUAAGAUUUGUUAAAUUAAAAGCCUGAUACAUAUAUAUAUAUAUACUAUAAAUCAUAUCGCGCAUAUGAUGAGCGCAUUUAUUGUUCGUAGAAAUAAAUAAGUUUU